CUCUGAGCUUCUGGCAGUCUCCGCCAGUUCUCUGUGGAUGCCCGUUCCUCUAUCGCUCUCUCUCUCUCUCCGUGACGCUCCCUCCCUCUCUCUCUCUCUUUCUCUCUAUCCGGUGUACGCGGUGCGGACUUCAGCGGGGGUUGGGCGCGGGUUCGGCGGUAUGGAAUGGAACCUUAGGAGGAUGGACAGCGAGCUGAGACAGAUUAACCCGGACCUGCUGCAGCCCAGUAAGAGCUUCAAGAAGCUGUCUUCGGGCACCAUCACGCUCAAUGUGGGGGGCUACCUGUACGCGGCCCAGAGGCAGACCCUUAUCCGCCACCCGGGGUCGCUCCUGGAGGAGCUGGUGAGCGGGAAGAAGCCCGUCCAGCACGUAGAUGCCAUGGGCAACAUCUUCGUCGACCGCGACGGCCCCGUCUUCCGCCACGUCCUCAACUUCCUGCGUCUGGGGGACCUGGUGCUGCCCGAGGACUUCAAGGAGGCCUCUCUGCUGCGGCGCGAGGCCGAGUUUUACCGGCUCACUGACCUGGCGCAGUUGGUGCGCGAGUGGGAGCAGAGGCACUUCGCCCGGCAGGAACCCGCCUUCCUGGAGGUGACGGACAACCACGAGCGCUCCCAAGGCCUCCGCGUCUACUGCAGCGACAGCACCUUCAUCGAGAAGAUCAAGUUCCGCCUGGUGCAGGUGUCCAAGAGCCGGCUGGACGGCUUCCCCGAGGAGUUCGAGAUCUCGUCCAACGUCAUCCAGUUCCGCCACUUCAUCAAGUCGGAGAUGGGCUCUCGUCUGGUUCUGAAGGAGGACAACACCUUUGUGUGCACGCUGGAGAGCCUGAAACUGGAGACGGUGCUGCUCGCCCUGCGGGGGGGCUAUCGCCUGCUCACCAGCCUGGACAGCAACCGGGGGUCCGUAGUGCAGUGCGAGGCUCUUCACUUCGUCAAGUGAGGGCCGCCCCCCCCGACCCCGCCUCCCCGAAAACAGAACCACCAUUCUCCACCAGGCAAGAACCUCCAUUCUCAACCAGGCAGGCCUCUGUUAUCCUCUAGCAAAGCACACAUUUCUAUUCACUGCUACCAUUCUCCUAACUGCUAUUAAUUCAACAAGUCGGUACAGUACAGUAUAAUUAUGUGCUGCUGUAAAAGUCUAAUAUUAUGCGCCGCGUUAUUCGUUUUGGGCUGUGUUUGGAGUCUUGUGUGCCACUCUGUCAGAGUUGAGUUUCAGUUGCUUCCAGCACUUCCCAGAAUGUGGUUUUGUGCAACAGGCUGCAGCUGAGACACUCAUAUGCCACAUAAACUGCUCUGCUUUCUAUCAAGCAAAAGGAACCUGCACAAUAUCCAGUCACACAUCGUCACAACGGCACAUGAAGUGUCUGACAUGGGCUGGGCAGAAAAAUGUGUACGUCUUGCUCGUUAUUUAAAAAAAAAAACAGGAGAAAAAUAUGUGUAUGCCACGGCCAGAUGCCAUGUGAAAGGUAUAACAGAGGAUUAAAAAGGUUAUGUUUUUAAUAAUGCAUGCGUUAAAGUGAAUUAUUAAACUUGAAGCCAUCUUGUGAUCUGUACCUGAUUUGUGUGUGACCUAUGGCGUGUUGUUAUGGACCUGUGAUCGAGCUUUUCCGUAAAAUAAAAAGCGAAAAGCACUGGCCAUUUCUGCGGCGUUUGUUUUGACCUGACACAAAGAUGUCCACAGCUGUGAGGACAUGUGGCUAGCUGUCUCUGUUAGCGACGUGAUGCUAUUCUGAGCCCUUGGAGAUGGAGUCACUGCAGCUGUGCAACCUGUUGUAUCUGUGCACCUGUCAGUCGCUGUGUUUCCGAACGGGAAGUGGGUUCCUGCGUCCUGUACCACACCGGCGCAUUGCUCAGAACCAGAGCUCCGUCAAAAGGUUUGUCAGAAACAGGCUCUACCCCAGCUGCUGUCAGUACUGUCACUGUGUACAUGGCCUCCCCUUUCUGCAAGGGAACUGCUGUCCCUGAAGCAAACCACUUAUGUCAUCCAGGUGAGAAUUCAUUUUCAAAAUGCAGUUGUGCGUGAAAUUAUUAUAUUAUGUUGUAGAAUGAUUUUUUUUUAAACGGGAAAGAUGAUCCUUUUGUUGUCGUCUCUGUAUUAAUAUUUAAAUGUGCUGCUUUGAUUGUACAUUACACGUUGCCCUUUUGGAAGCUGAAUGUCCCUCCCUCCCGAUAUCAACCUGCAUAAUCUGCACUCCCAGUUGGAAAUGUGGAUAUACUAACAUAAGCCUAAUAAGUCUAAUAAAGCUGUCACCCAUUUGUGGCAGUUGAGAAGGUUCAAUGAUGAUGAUAAUGCCUCAAUUACAGUGCCAGCGGAUACACUUGUACCAUACGCUUUCCUUAAUGACAGUGAGGCUGGCCUCAAUGGAGUCUCAUCACUGUCUGGUAUCUGUAGGCCACAUUAACUAGCAUGUGGAAAUCAUUCAUUGAACUCAGGAGACUUCUGAAAUAAAAAGAUGACAGUCUUUACUAUGUAACAAUACCUUCAUCCUUCAUUGAUGUUACCGGAAAAAAAAAAAAAAUUACAUCAAUUGAGCCGUGCCUUCUUCAUACCAAUAUUCUUCGGACAGGACAAUAAUUUCAGCCGUGCUACAUCUACAUAUUGCAUACUGGGCUCUCUACAAUUUUACUGAGAAUCUAUUUGCAUUCUCCAAGUUUAAUACACAAAAUGCACUAAUAUCCAUGUGCUUAUUUAGUCUGCACUGAAUUCCUACAGUAGGUUGUUUUGUUUUUUCUUUCUCUCUUAAUAGUGGUCUGAUUGUUUUGUUUGUUUGUUUUUUUGUGAAAAGAGAGGACACAAGUGCAUUGAACUGCUUUGCCAUUCAUGUGUAAAUUCUUUGAUGUGAAUUAAAUUCCAGCAGUGCACAUCCGUUUGUUUGGUUUGGCUGGGUUAUUUUCUGAUUCAGUCUUUGUGAGUUUUAUUUUUGUUGUUAACGGUUUUCUUUGAUUUUGUUAGUCCUCCAGUGAUCCAGUGAAUUAAAUAAAUAUAACGAAAAAACA